UUUCAUUCUUUAAAAUGUGAAAUCUAUAUAUUUGGAUCCCAAACACAGGGAUUUCACAUUUUAAAAGGUUCCAUCUGAUUAAAACUGAUUCUAGAAGACCAGAUCCACUCCAGAGUUAGAGCAUAUAUGCACAAUGCCUUCCUCAUGGACCAAACCCAGUUAUUUAAUGUUUCUCACUCUCGCAGCCUGCCUGCCUGCCUGCUGCUCAUCUCAGCUUUCCUCCUCAAAACGAAGGACUAUGUUUGGAUAGAGCUUACAAAAGCACCACAGUCCCCGAAAUAUAACUUUCCCAUGUCUUUAAAACCCUUCUGUAGGCUGUUUUAAUAACUGCUUUGCCUUCACUUAAGCAUGACUCUGAUGCUUGGCACUUUGUGUCAUACACAAACAUCCCAAAAUAAAAAUGCUACAAGAUAUCCCAGGAACUCCUCGGGAGCUUUAAAAAGAGAUUUGUGCUUGGGGACCAGAUGUCUUUUCUUCAAUGAAGACAAAUGGUGCGACUAGGCUGAAAAGGAACCACCAUCAGCACAUACAGUAAUGAGAUUUCUUAAAUAGGUGCAAGGAAACAUUCCUGUCAACGUAGUGCCUGCAAAACUUUGUCAGAUGUCCAGUUCCUGAUUGGAAGAUUUUUUUUUAAUGUUUUAAUUGCUGGAAGUUGGAAUAGUUAAACCGUCUGUUUGGGCAACGUUGUGAAAUGUUUGUUUAUGUCCUGAACUGCUGAUAAAAGUGGUCUGCUUGCAAACAGCGAGUGCAAUAAAUUAAAUUGUCCCUGCCUGUCUUUCCAAGUCUUGGUCAGAGAAGAAACUCAAGGCUGCAUUUUAUGUGGUUCUCCUCCUUACCCCCACCCCAUUUUGGAAAGAGUGAGAGACUUGGAAAUGUGUCCUGACAGUAACAUUGCUUAUACGAAAUAAGAGCGAUUGGGGAAAGGGCACCUAUGGAUGGGACUUCUCUGUGAAUGAACAGGAAACAGUAGAAAGAAAAGCAGACCUUCUUUCAGAGAGCUUUGCAAGUCCAACGUGAUGGAAGGCGAGGCAGCAGGGGGUUCGAUGCCAGCCGGCAAGAAAGCAGCCAGCAAACCGAUGCGGAUAGCCCUUGGCGUGUUCGUGACCAGCACGGUCGCACUUGGCACUGCGCUUUUCCUGGUGAACCAGAAAUCUUAAAAUUUUCAUCCUAAGCAACAAUACUGCUUGACUUCUGAAUGCAUUGAAGCUGCUGCUGCAAUCAGAAGCAAACUAAAUACAUCUGUGGAUCCCUGUGAUGAUUUUUUUCGGUUUGCCUGUGAAGGGUGGAUACAGAAUAACCCAAUUCCUGAAGAUUCAUCAAAUUAUGGAAUCUAUCCAUGGCUGAGGCAUAAUGUGGACCUUAAGUUGAAAGCUCUCCUUGAGAAACCUCUUAGCAAAAGGCGAGACAGUGAAGCUGUACAGAAGGCUAAGAUUCUUUAUUCUUCGUGUAUGAAUGAGAAUAAGAAUAGAGAAAACUGAUGCAAGCCUCUUUUGAGCAUGCUGAAACAUUCUCCGUUCCGCUGGCCUGUCCUGGAAUCGAACAUUGGGCCUGAUGGAUUGUGGUCAGAAAGGAAGUUCAGCAUGCUACAGACCCUGGCUACUCUUCGUGGCCAAUAUAGCAGUUCUGUUUUCAUCCGAAUGUAUGUGGCUUCUGAUGAUAAGAACUCUAAUGAGCACAUCAUAAAGCUAGACCAAGCAUCUCUGUCUCUGUCAGCACGAGAAGACUACCUGGAAAACACCACAGAAGCUAAAUCCUACAGAGAAGCCCUGUUCCAGUUCUUGGUGGAUACAGCAGUGCUUCUGGGGGCCAAUGCUUCACGUGCAGAGUUGGACAUGAAGUCUGUAUUGAAACUAGAAGUUAAAAUUGCUGAGAUAAUGAUUCCACAUGAGAAUCGAACUAGUGAAUCUAUGUACAACAAAAUGAACAUAUCGGAACUCAGCACCCUGAUCCCUCAGUUUGACUGGCUGGCAUAUAUUAAGAAGGUGAUCGACACCAAGCUUUAUCCUGAACUUAAGGACAUAGAUGCUUCAGAAAAUGUCAUUGUUCGUGUGCCCCAGUACUUCAAGGAUUUGUUCAGGAUACUAGAAAGGGAAAGAAAAAGUAAGGAUUUCUAAUUUGCUUUGACUAUUGCCAACUAUCUGGUAUGGAGAAUGGUUUAUUCGAGAAUAUUUAACCUCAGCCGACGCUUUCAGUAUAGGUGGUUGGAGUUUUCAAGGGUAAUCCAGGGGACAACCUCCUUACUGCCUCAGUGGGAUAAAUGUGUAAACUUCGUGGAAAGUGCUCUCCCUUAUGUUUCUGGAAGAAUGUUUGUAGAUCUGCACUUCCAAGAAGACAAGAGGGAUAUGAUGGCAGAAUUGACUGAAGGGAUUCGUUGGGCCUUUAUGGACAUGCUGGAGAAUGAAAACACCUGGAUGGAUUUGGGAACAAAGAGAAAAGCGAUUGAAAAGGCAAAAGCAGUUUUGGCUAAAGUGGGUUACCCCGAGUUCAUAAUGAAUGAUACAUAUAUUUCUGAAGGCAUCAAAACAAUGAAGUUUUUAGAAACGGACUAUUUUGGCAACGUGCUUCAGACCCGCAAGCAGGCAGCGCAGUCCGAUUUCUACUGGCUGAGAAAAGAGGUUCCAAAAACAGAGUGGUUUACAAGUCCAACUACGGUCAAUGCCUUUUACAGUUCAUCGACAAAUCAGAUCAGAUUCCCAGCAGGAGAGCUCCAGAAGCCAUUCUUUUGGGGAAAAGAAUAUCCCAGGUCUUUAAGCUACGGUGCCAUUGGAGUAAUUGUUGGGCAUGAGUUUACCCAUGGAUUUGAUAAUAACGGCCGCAAAUACGACAAAAAUGGAAAUUUGGAUCCCUGGUGGUCUUUGGACUCUGAAGAGCAAUUUAAAGAGAAAACAAAAUGUAUGGUCAAUCAGUACAACAGCUAUUAUUGGAAGAAAGCGGGCUUGAAUGUCAAAGGAAAGAGGACUUUGGCAGAAAACAUUGCAGAUAAUGGAGGUUUGCGAGAGGCUUUCAGGGCCUAUAGGAAGUGGAUCAAAGAAAAGAGACAAGGAGAGGAAGAGGCCCUAUUACCAGGCAUUGACUUCACCCACAAUCAGCUCUUCUUUCUAAGUUAUGCUCACGUGAGAUGCAAUGCCUUUAGACCAGAAGGUGCCAGAGAGCAAAUCUACACUGGAGCCCACAGCCCUCCUCAGUUCAGAGUUAUUGGUGCUAUGAGUAAUUUUGAGGAGUUCCAGAAAGCUUUCAACUGCCCAGAAACAACAACAAUGAAUCGAGGUGGAGACUCCUGUCGGGUUUGGUAGCGAUCUCUCCAGUGUCCUAUGCUGAAGAAGUCACUUGCUGGAAUCACUCCCUCAUUGGGACACUUCCAAACUGUUAAUGAGCUACCGCUGCUUCAGAACAGCCUUGGCCAACCAGGGACCAGAUUUGUUGUUUUGGGUGCCCUGAUAUCUGUGGGUGACCUGCCCAGAUCUACUAUUUAAUUGCUUGUUCAGGAUAUAGAAACUAUUCAAAAUAUAGAGUAUAAAAAGGGCAGCUCUUUUCAGAGAAAUGUAUGCAGAUCGAUUGUUUCUUAUGGGUUAUUUUCAUAAAUACAUUCUACUCUGUGAUUUAAGCAGGUUUAUCUCUAUGUAUCUUUAUUCUGAAGCUUGUCCCACUACUGUAUAUUCAUUGGGCUUUACUCACAUGUAAGUGUAGUCAUAUUGCAGGCUUAAGUUAACAAGGUUUAAAUGGCGCACUUGUGCUUUACAGAAGACCAAAGUGGACAAACUUGGUGUGGUGGCCAUGAUGCUUUUUUAAGUGGAGGAAAAACAUCCAAAACUUCCUGUCACAUAUCUUUUCUAUUAUUUUUUCCCCUUGAUCAAAAAUAACUGAGAAUUUGAGGUAAAGGAAGAGAAGAUUAAAAUGUGGCUGCUUUAUCCUUUCCUACUCUGCUGUUUUUCCUGUUCAAAAUUCCACUAACCCUCUGAGGUGUUUCUUCCCUGGUG